AUGUUGGAGAAAGUAACAAGAUCUCAGGCAAAAUCUCAAGAUUGGUAUACUGAAAGGAAAAAUCGUCUAACAGCCUCAAAGUUUGGGAAAAUAUGUAAGAUGAGGCCUAAUACUUCGUGUAAGAAUACAGUGUAUGAAUUAUUAUACGGAAACAUGAACCAUAAAAUAAAGGCAGUUGAUUAUGGAAGAGUUAUGGAGCCAUUAGCGAAAUUAGAAUUUGAAAAAAAAAAUUGGAUUUAA